UAGUCGCAGCUAUGGAAAUAACACAGUUCUGGUCUUAGAAAAGGUAUGAUGGUAAUGGCAUAGUUUGGAAAAACCUAGACGUAAAUUUCGUCGCGGUUAUUUACGUAAUCGCUAUCUGUUUGCAAAUCAACUUUAGAAAUUACAUAGGUAGGCAAUAAAAAAGCUCGACACCUUAUUUGUCAUAUAAUAAACCGCCAUACAUUAUGUGCAAAUAGUAACAUUUAUACGGCGUCAGCGACCAACAAGGGAAGUGUUGCUCUUAUUCGACGUAACGAUGACUUUCGCGAGUGCUUUUCUUUUAGUCUUCUUCGCUAGAACUGUUUACGGUAGUUGCCCGGGUGAUUGUCCACAUACAAAACUCGCGUUCCUCUACGAAAGUUUCAAAUGCGAACCGAAAUGCUCCAACGAAAGUAACUGCCCGGUGGAAUAUAAGUGCGUUGACCUUGCAGCCAACAGCAACGUCUGUUAUUUCAAUGGAAACUUUUAUAAACCUGAUGAAACCGCCCAAAGUAGCUUGACAUGGGAACAGUGCAUGGGAUGUAGUUGCGGUUUGCAAGAGGUUGGACACCCUGGGACAUUUAAUUGUUACUAUGCAGACUGCAUUAUGUUCAACGUUACUGAAGGCUGUCGCCUCGAUGAAAAGCUGGGGGAGUGCUGCUAUACAUCUCAAGUUUGUCCACCGUUUCAAACGUGUACGAUAGCCAAGCAGCGGUUUUUAGAAGGUCAAAAAUUUAUCCAUCCAACCGAGAAAUGUACGAAGUGUUAUUGUGGGAAAGGAGAAGGUGGCGCGGGUGUAGUAAAUUGCGAAAGGCAAUACUGCCUCGAUUUGUUAUUCUUCCAGUAUGAAAUUAUGAGAAAGUGCGCACCUUUGUAUCAAGAAACUGACGUGUGUUGUCCAUCUGGAUGGAUAUGCCGUAAGUACCUACCGCUUCUUUCAAACUACUCUUCCCUCGUUAUAUUACGCAAUGUAGGUAGGUAUAGAUGAUAUUGAUAAUAACUG